AUGAGGAGUUCAUCCUUAUCAUCCGUUUUUGAUCCUUUAGUCGAAGCGACAAUCAAUAAAAUUAAAAGUUCCGUAGUUGACUUAGAUCCAAACAUUAACUUUAGCCAAAUACGUAGAUAUAUCUCAAUGAUUAUCCAAAAUCCUAAUAAGUUCAAUGCUAUUUCGCAAGAUAUCAAUGCUAUUGUUAAAUGUGAAAGUUCAAUGGAAUUUCUAAAUGAUGUUCUAGCAACUGAAAAACGUGCAGCCCCUCCUCCCCCUGAUGAAGAAGAGCCAAAAGAAUCAUCGAGAAGAAAAACACGUUCUUGGACCACAAACGAAGAUUACCGUCUAAUUAUGGGUGUUCAUCUCUGUGGCGAAAAUUGGAAUGAUGUUGCCGAGUUUGUCGGAGGCGGAAGAACUCGUAGCCAAUGUAGUCAAAGAUGGUAUAGAGUAAUUGAUCCGCGUAUCACUAAAGAACAUUGGACACCUGAGGAAGAAAAGAAAUUAUUAGAUUUAGUUCAAAAAUAUGGCGAAAAAUCAUGGAUAAAGGUUGCAGCUGAAAUGGUUGGAAGAAGUGAUGUACAAUGUAGAUAUAAAUAUCGUAAGAUGCAAAAGGCGCAUGAUGGUACACCAACUAAUUCUGAUAAUGACUUCAAACCAGCACCAGCGCCAAAAGUUCAACCUGUAACUCAAGUUACACCAAUAAUGCCUAUAAUUAAUCAGCCAGUGUUUACAUCUCCUGAGCCCUUAUUUUACUCCCAUAAUACAACUUCUACACCAAGCACAAAUGCAUUUCUGGAAAUUCCUCUUUCACUUGACGGUGAGAAAGGAUUAUUUACAUCAUCUAGUAUUUUCAACUCCAGUAUAUUUAAUUGA